AUGCGCAUUGCCGAGAAGUCCAAUUGCAUUACAGAAUCACAGUUCUGGCAUGGAAUUGCAAUUUUGAUAUCAAAUUACCACGCGUUGAACAAACAAAUAUUCCAGGUGCUAAUUACACAGGUAGAAAAGUUCCAAAAUGGCCAAAAACUUAAUGUUGAUUCUAAUGAAGAGGAACUUCAGCUGCAGCUGCAGAAAGAAACACGCACUUGCGAAAGCUUUAAAAUCCUUUUCAAAUUGCUGACAAAAAAACUGGCAAAUAAUGUCCUGGCCACAGGAGUUGUGGACUUCAAGCAACGCACAUACGAAUGUCAUUUCCCGAAUGAGUCCUUUGAUGACUUUCUGGUGCGCUGGCAUGAAUCAGAGCUCGAAGUCAAGAUGCUGACAGAACGGCCAGCUGCUAAACAAGGCAACCGUUGGGCUGAGUUUGUUUUACUGCCCAAGCUGUUGAGUUGGUCGCAGAGCAAGUCUGAGGGGACAGGUCAGGCACAGCCAAGCAAAUCCUUGAAGCUGGUCGAUGUGGAAAAGUACAAUGAUCUAUACAAGGCCCUUAAACAUCGCCAUGCACAGCGUUUACUCACAUACUGGCAAGAGGUCAAGGAGUCCACAGAUCCCUUAAAAUUCAUCUAUGAGGACUUGGCCAUAGCCGCCUAUCUAAUAACGCUGUGGAGCUGCACGCAAAACGAGCCAUCUGCGUGUGUAUUUGCCGAUUUGGGCUGUGGCAACGGACUGCUCGUCCACGUGCUAAAUGCAGAGGGCUAUAAGGGCUAUGGCUUUGACAUACGCAAACGCAAGCUGUGGACGCACUAUCCAGCAGAUAUUCAACUCUUUGAGCUGGCAAUAGAGCCGAAGGCUGUCAGUUUGCCAUCGGAUGUAAAUUGGUUGAUUGGCAAUCACUCCGACGAGCUAUCACCCUGGCUGCCAGUUUUGGCGGCUCGCCUUCGAACCAAAUACUUCCUACUACCCUGCUGCCCUUUUGAGCUGUCGGGCCUUAAGUUUCAACGUCGAAAUACCGGCAUAAGUGCCUACCAGGACUUCUUUCAAUAUGCGCGGCAAUUGUCGGAGAAAUGCGGCUUCGAAACGCUCGAGGAUCGGCUCAAAAUACCAAGCACCAAGCGAAUGGCCUUAAUCGGACUAAAAUGUAGCAAAACAUAUGCAGAUAUCGAAUAUUAUGUACAAGAGGAGCUGCGUAAAUAUGCGACAGGGGAUGAGGAUAAUGGCAUGUCCGUAAGACUGCGCGAAAAGACGGAGUUAGUCAGAAACUGCACCAAAGUGGAAAGAACCAUUCUAGACUUUUUGGUGCUGAAAAUCUUCAAAAUGUUACUGGAUAAUAGCAGUGGCAGUGAAGCCGCUACCUGGAAUCCUGGAAAAAAACUUAGCAUGCGCGAAAUAGCCCAGUCGCUGACCCGAGAAGAGCUGCGUGGCAUUAAAUCAGAGUGCGGCGGCAUUAAGACGCUGCUGCGUAACAAACACGAAGUGUUCCAGUUUUGCGGCAGCGAUCUGAUAGGGAUCCGUCAGCCCAUAUCCUGUGCGGGUCUGCAUGCCAGCAAGGCCCACACAAUCAAGCGACGCGCUUGCUUUUUCAAAUUAAAUCAUCCGCAGGGUUGUCCGCUAAGUGACGAAGAGUGUUCCUUUGUACAUUAGUUGGAAAUAGUUUAGAAACUAAUAAUAAAAAUGAAACAUCUUUUUCAGAAUGA